AUCUCAGCUGAUACCCCUCAGACACACUGUCGUGGUGUUUUUAACAUGUAUCUUGCAUGCACAUACAUCUAAUUUCAAUUUCAAUUUCAAAGCCGUAGGAGAUGAAAAGAGGGGAAAGUAAGAAGAUGAUGAAGACGAUGAAAAGCAAUGUGAUUACUUGAAUGUUUCUUUGUCAAAAUCCACUGCAAUAUCUGCUGAGGAAAGAAAACCACCCACAAAUUACCUUUCACAGGACAAAAAUUGGACCAACCAAGAUGUGCCACCUUAUUGCAAAUCAAAGAAAUUUUCUAGUGAAAAUGUAGAAUGGGAUAAUAGUAGUUUUGGAGAAUGGCAUAAAGUACUUGAGUGCCAUGGAAACCAAAGGUGUAAAAGUCUAUGCCAUGGCAAUUUAGUUUCCAAAUGGUCUGAGUGUUUCCCACCAACUCCCAAUAGAUGUAUCAAGGCUGAGAAACAGUCGGCAAGUCCAAAUUGUCAUCAGAAAGACUCUUGCUGUGAAUUUGAUCAGGACUUUAACUCAGUAGAGGCAGGAAUAGAUCUAACAGAGUUUUGGGAUGAUGGAUAUGACUUUUUACUUAAAGAUAGCCCAAGAAAAGUAAUAGGAAAAUUCUCUGUAGAAUGCAGCAAUAAAUUGGAAGACAAGUUAACUGUGCUCCUUGUUACAAAUGAAAACAAAAAAAAAUCAUUACAUAGUUCUUGUGCGAGUAUUGCAGAAAUAAGCAGAGAAGUUUGAGGGACAUCUUCUGCAGAGGAAAACAAUUUAUCAAGGACUAAGGUUUCAAAUUACAAGAACAAACUUUUGAACAGAGAACUUAUUUCAUCUGGAAGGGAGAACAGGGCUGGAUUCCAAGGAACAUCUGAUACAGCUGUUGAAAAGAGAAAGAGUCUGAUGUCUUCAGAAGAAAAUCAAUGCAAUGAAAUUAACUGUGAUGAACCCAAAGUCAAUGGCUUCUCUUCCACUGCUGAUGAAAUUAAGGGACAUUCAGAAAACCAGGUGAAAGGUCAAGAGGUCAUGGGGUCAGGGGGAAAAAAAUGUGCCAAGAGGCAAUCCAGGGACUUGAUAUGUGAUGAAGAUGUCAUUUCUGCCAACAUGAAUUCUCUGGGGGGAAAUGGAAUCUUAUCAAGGGCUGCUGAAGAUGUCCACAAGGAGCAGCGGGAAGAAGAGGACGAAUUUCCUCUAGGAUCUGAAGCCCUUUCCUUGACAGUAGAGAGAUCCACCCCUAACAAACAGCCUGUGGACAAGCGGUUGGGAUGGCUGUUGAGUGACUCAGCCAACACCAGCAUUGGAUCCGAUUUCUCACACAACAGCGACAUCAGUCUUGAUAUGCUGCUGUCAGAACGAAGUAGAGAUCCAGAGGAAAUUCUGACUAACUUAGGUUUUGUUGAUCAAUCAGAAGAUACGGAGACUGACGAUCUUCAACGAUUACCAGAGAGAUUUCUAGAGCAGCCAUCCAGUGCCAAAGGAAUUGAUGUGGGGGCAUUAGAUGUUAACCGCUUACUAAACUUGUCAGCACAUGAAGAGAUGUUAGAGCAGAUCAAUACCUCCAAAAUGAAUGCAGAAUUUGCUGAACAGGGGCACCCCCAACUUGGUAAUGUGCUUGCUUCUGUUAUGAAUGGCAUGAAAUUUCUGAAUGCAAUUAACCAAAGUCACAACCCGUCUGGAAAUUCCAGUUUUGAUUCACGACAUAGCGAUGACAGUGUGCUACAGCAUCCCAAAAAUCGUGAAUUUUUGGAUAAGCAAGGAUUUUACAAACGCCAUGAAAAGAAAGUCUCAAAAACUGAGACUGCUGCUUUACCCUCACAAAGUAGACUUGAUCGGUCACAAUCUCUUGAUGCGUCAGAAAAAAGGAAACAGUUUCAUCAGAUGCGAUCAAGAAAUUUCUCUACUCAACCUUUGGAAUCUGAUGAGAGCAACUUGUCAGAGGAGAAAUUUCAGAGCAGGGAUAGUCGAGAUAGUUCUUUGUUUAAAAGUGUCACAAGUAUGGAAUAUUCAGACUCCUUCGAAAGCACAGAGGGUCGAGAAGAUUCCCUGGAAAAAAGAAACCAGAUGGGAAUGCUAGGUGUUCACAGCGAUGAUGACUGGGAUAUGGUCAGACCAGCAGUCAGUUUGGGGGAUAUAUCUAAGAGCUUGAUCUCCAAGAAAGUGGAAACCGAAAAAGAAACAUCUGUCAAAGAUGAAUUGAUAGAAGCUCAAGCGAAGGAAGCUGAAUCAGCUCCCACAGGUUUUAUGUCUGCUGCUUAUUCAGCUGGUUUGCAGAAACUCCAGGAAAUGAGAAAGAGUUUGGUGGAGAAGUCGAUGGCAUCUUGUGAUCUAGACGAUGACUAUGAAGUAACUUCACCUCCUCUAUCAAAACAGUCAAGUUUAGAAAGUACCCUUACUGCCAAAGAAUUCCGAAUGAAAACCUCCUCCUCAUGCACUCCCAAGAAUGAGAGUUUGGAUACAGAAGAUCAGGUAGAUUCAGUGUUUACUGUUGAAGAUACCGAAAAACUUCCACAGAUCAAAUCUCCAGGUCAUGUGUCAUUUAGUGACCUAAAAAUACCAGAGUUGGUGCUGAAUGCUGGGCCAUUCUCUGUCAGUGACAAGGAUUUGUUGGGUGGUAUGGGUCGCAUGGAAAGUAUUCAGUCAGACAGCAGUGGAUUUGCAGAGGGAGACAUGGGCACAGACCACCACAGAGAGGCGGAGGAACGGGUGUCCAGCUUGGGAAGUAGUGCUGAAAGUGACCAGACCUCCAAGAGCAAUGUGACAGUUAUAGCCAGCCACAGUCAACAAAAUCUUCAAAGAAAACUUUGUGUUGGAAAAGAUAAAAUGAGAUCCAAAGUGGAGAAAGUUGAUGUGGCAGUGGGAACAGAGGACAUCCAUCAGUCAGUGGAUUCUGGCAUUGAACAGUCUUCUCCAUCAAUUACAUAUCAUUUCAAGCAGAAAGAGGAAGGAGUGACGUCUGCAGAGGAGGUGGUAGAUGAUGGGUCUGUUGUGUUAACGAUUCAGCUACCAAAGGAUUGGUUGAAUGAUCAGGGAAGAUCUACUACAAGUACAGUGUCACAUUUAUACAAACACAUUGGAAUCUCUAGUCAAGCAGUGUCACCUGCCAACAAAUCUGCCUCCCAUGCUGAUAUCCAAACAGGAAGUACUUCAAAAUCCCAUACCCAACUAGAGAAAAUUCAGACUGAUCCCACCAGAUCUGAUACCAUGAGAUCCCACCUGAAUCCUAGAUGGGCUUCAACUCCUAGUAUAGUGUUUACCCAUAAACAAUCAAAUAAGCCUUAUGAUUCUUCUAGCCAGAGGUAUUCAAAGAAAAAGUUAUUCACCAGGGCCCCUCUGAGGGAGAAUGGGCUUGGUGGUAGUGUUGGAGAGCCAUCUGUGGAUAAAACGGACAGUGAAUUGAGCAGUUCCUUUGACAAGGACAGUGAAUGCUCAUUUAUUUCUAACACGGACAGUUAUUCUAGUCUGAGGGAUGAAAAUGUUGAAUAUGUUAAGCUGGUGAGGCUUGUAAACAAACCCAUGUCUUUCAAGGCUACAGGAUAUACACCUAGCAGAUACAGACCCAACCUUAAAUCCUUACCUCAUAUGGACAAGCAACAGUAUUUAGAAGAAGAAUCCAGAUUGUUACAGCAUGCUCUACAAAAGUACAAACGAGAACUUCAGGCAAUGGAAACGACCUUUCAAGUCAAUAGUCAACUGGCUGGAAAAGAGCUUACAGAGGAGGAACGAGAGGAAAUUGAGGAGUUCCAGUCACUAUGGAAGGAUGUACGGCGGGAGAUAACGGAAAUGGAGCAGCUGAUCGCCAACCGAUUGGGCGGACUGGUGAUGGGAAAUGACAAUUAUAACCCACUGCUAGUUCUAGACAUUAUACAUAAGAUGAUAGAACUUAUCAGAGAGCAGCUGUUCCAGCAUCAGAUGAGUCUGAACAAGGAGGAGAUUGCUGGCAUGGAAACGUCCUGUGGGAACUUGCUUCCAGAGGGCUCAGUGUCAUGUCCCCAGUCUCUGUACAGCGAUGAAUCUCUUCAGGAGAGUCUCUCAGAUCUGAAGGAAUCAAUCUUACAGGAAGUCCGACAAGAACUACAAGACAGUACCCACUGGCUCCAACGAGAAAUCCAGAACAAGGAUAGAGAACUGAACAAGCUGAGGAUGGAGGUCAUGUCACAGAGUAUCGAUAAAGGAAGGACGAGACAGAAGCAUUAUUAUGAAACUGAUGUAUGAUAAUCGUACAGGAAAUGGUGGAGACUUAGCACAAGUGGUUGUUGUGUGUGGAGAGAGAAAAGCAACAUUUUGUGAUUGUUAUGGUGGAGAGGAAACAAGAAAAAUUACAGUACACCAGAAUCAGUGUGAUAUUGACACCAUUUUUGUAAAUCUGUAACUGGAUGCAAGGCAGUAAGUAGUGUGUGAAUUAUUCAGUAGUAUUUGAAUUGUUCAGUAUUGAAUCUUGUACUGAAAGUUUUCUUUGUGACUUGUUUGAACAAAAUCUUAUUUUUCAUACAUCAACCUGUUAAUUAAUGCUAAUGUAUUUCUUGUAAUUAAUGCGAAUACCUCUAUUUAUCAAGUGUAAACUGUAAGAUAUUGAUUAAAUAGACUAAAAUAUGAUGUGAUAAAUCGGCUUAAAUUGCAUUUUUUUUAAUGCUGGGGUCCAAUUCCUGUGUGAAUGAAUCUUCCAGCAGAUGGAAGUUUUGUGAAGAAAUUAAUUUAUUGUAUGUUUCUGUUUUUUAUUUGUUAGUUCAGAGGGAAUGAUGCUUUGACUUUAAGAUAAAGAAGAUAUAUUUUUUCACAAUGAUUGAUUAUUGAGAGGUUUUAUGCUGCUUUUUAUGUUUUUAUGACACACUGAAAGUCUUUCCAUACUUUUGUUACUAUUCUUGGCAUUUGACAUUUUAUAAGUUCAUGACAAUUUUUUAUUGUUAUUUAUCCCAUUACAUCCUGUUUUACAUGGUUAGAACAAUUUCUCAUUUAAAGGAGAGUAAAAUUUGUGUACUUCUAAUUUUGUAGUCAUGGACCAAUAUUUCAUGUUUUGCUUUUCCAAUUUUUUUAUGGGUCCAGACUAAUAAAACAUUAACAAAUAUUUUCUCCUAGAACAAUGACAAUGUAGUAUAUAUAUAUAUAUAUAUCUAAUGUAUUAAGAGGAAUUUCCUUUUAGUAUGUAUACAUGUAUAUGUAAUGCCAAAAUAUUUAAUGGAUGCCAAAAUAUGCUAUUUUAUGAAAAAAUUUUCAGUUCUUAUUUUUAAAGUUACGUUUUUGUUGCAUGUUGUGCUUGAAAAUUAUGAUGUAUAUUUAGAUUUCAUUACAUUCCUUUCAAAAGGCUCAAUCGUUAAGACUUUUUAAAUUGAAAGUGUUUUUUCUAUUUUUAAGAAUAUAUUUUAUAUAGAUCCAUCAUUCAUAUGUAUUUUAUAAGGCUUGGACUUUCUCUAGGGUGCUUAUUGACAUCUUGCUAUAUUGCAAUAUCAUCACAAAAACAUUGUCUUAAAAUACAUUUUUAGAUAAUUGAUAUACAUGUGUAUUGUACACUAUUCUUAAACAUCGAUGUAGCAUGAAAACAUCGCUCUUUCACAUUUUAUUUCCUGCAACCAGGCUAAUAGAUUAUUGAAAAUAGCUUUACCUUUUAAUUUUGUAUUCUUUGUGGGAUUUAUGAGAUUGAUCAGUUUUAGUUAUCUUCACUUGUUUAAUAAAAUAAAUACACUUUUGAUAAUUAUUAGAAAUAUUUAUUAUGAUGAAUAAAUGAAAAAAAUUAGAAUAUUUGAACUCUUAAGUAUUUUGAUGGUUGUUUUAUUAUUCUUGAAAUAAAAUAUUUCUUUAAUUUUCUAACAUUACCUAACUGUAAUUCUUUUUCUCAUAUUCAUUAAAGUGUAUAGUUUUUGCAUGAACAUUUGUUGUACAGUGGAUGUUCUAGAAAAUAUUUUUUUAGUAUUGCUCAAUGAUUCAAUGUGAAUAGAAAAUGAUCGUUUUAAAUUAUCUUCCAGUGACUCAGAUUUCAUUAAAUUUCUUUUGAUAAACUGUUGUAGCUUCCACGUAUAUUUGUAUGCAUAAGGCUGUAUAUCAUUCUGUUAAAAAAAGGGGGAGGGGGGAAUGUUUCAUAAUCAUCCCUAGACCCUUCAGUUUUUUGUAGCAUGCACGUUUUUUUUUGUAUAUGGCUAGGCCACUGAUGAAGAAGGAAGAAUAAAGUGGGGGAAACUUAUUCUUAAAAAAGUGGUACAUACAGAAAUUAAGUCAGCGUGGUAAAUAUUGUUCAGGACUACUUUCAAGUCCCUUAAAGGGUCCACUAAUUUUGCAUCAUACCUAUGUGUUCUAUGCAUUUGUAUUAAUGAAAAAAAAUUCUUUGUACAUAUGUAAAAUUCAUAAGCUUGUUGGUCAAAAGGUUUUAAAGAAGUUAGAGUUAAAGAAUUGUACAAUAAUAUUAUACAACAGCAAUAUGUUUGACUUUUUACAGGUUUGUUCACAAGGUGCUAUAAAUUUUUCACAUGAUUUAGUCUUUCAAUGAAUUAUGAAUGAUUGUAUACUGAGAAAAUGUGAGUUUUCAUUUUAUUUUAAUCACAAUAUCUGCCAUUUCUCAAUCACAGCUGAUUUAGUUUAUUUCAAUAUUUAUUAUUCAUUGCAAUGCAUUGUUUCAAAUCUUUAUUUUCUAAAGAAUAUAUUUUAUGCAUGAAAUACCUUUCAAAUAUAUCUAUAUUGUUCAUAUUUCUGUCAUUGAUAAAUAGCGUGUACAUACUACUUACUUUUUUAAGCGGAACAUUUCAUGUUUUUUCAGUGUUACUAUUCCAAUUAUGAAUUUAGUGAUAUUAAUUUGUUGAUUGUUUUUUCUCUCUCACUAAUUGUAGGUUGAGUUAAAAAGUGUUAUGAAAUAUGCCUGUUCAUUAAAUUGUUUGUUAAUUACAUAAAUAAAAUUUUAUGAAGUUC